AUGCCUGAUUAUCUGGGUGAUGAUAUGAGAAAAAGCAGGAAGGAUGCUAGUAAAGAUGACGAAGAUAAACCAUUCCAAGUACUUGACGAGAAUGAUAUAGCUGUCUUGAAGCGGUACGGUCAAGGUGCUUAUGCGGAACAGCUAAAACAAUUAGAAACUGAUAUCGAAGAGGCACUUAAAAAGGUAAAUGAGUUGUCAGGUGUCAAAGAAAGUGAUACUGGACUUGCUCCACCUGCUCUUUGGGAUAUAGCUGCAGAUAAACAAGUCAUGCAAAGUGAACAGCCUUUACAGGUUGCUCGCUGUACCAAGAUAAUCACGUCAGAGGGACAUGAACCACGUUAUAUGAUUAAUGUAAAACAGUUUGCCAAAUUCGUCGUUGAUUUGGCAGAUACCGUAGCUCCGACCGAUAUAGAAGAGGGAAUGCGUGUUGGUGUCGAUCGAAACAAAUACCAAAUUCAUCUUCCUUUGCCUGCAAAAAUUGAUCCUUCGGUUACUAUGAUGCAGGUUGAGGAGAAACCAGACAUAACUUAUGCGGAUGUUGGAGGAUGUAAAGAACAGAUAGAAAAGCUCAGAGAGGUCGUUGAAACACCUUUGUUACAUCCUGAACGGUUUGUUAAUUUGGGUAUUGAACCGCCAAAAGGAGUUUUACUUUAUGGACCACCCGGAACUGGGAAAACACUAUGUGCUCGAGCUGUUGCAAAUCGUACGGAUGCCUGUUUUAUUCGUGUAAUUGGUUCAGAGCUUGUGCAGAAAUACGUCGGGGAAGGUGCGCGUAUGGUUAGGGAACUAUUUGAAAUGGCACGAACAAAGAAGGCAUGUUUGAUUUUCUUCGAUGAAAUUGAUGCAGUUGGUGGUGCUCGUUUUGAUGAUGGGAUGGGUGGUGAUAAUGAAGUACAGCGGACUAUGCUGGAGCUGAUAAAUCAGUUGGAUGGUUUUGAUCCUCGCGGAAACAUAAAAGUUUUAAUGGCAACAAAUAGACCAGAUACACUUGACCCUGCCUUAGUUCGACCCGGUCGUUUGGACAGAAAAAUUGAGUUUGCCUUACCUGAUUUGGCAGGGAGAGCACACAUUUUCAAGAUUCAUGCUAAACAAAUGAGCGUAGAAAGAGAUAUAAGAUACGACUUGCUGGCCAGACUGUGUCCGAAUAGUACAGGUGCAGAGAUUAGAAGUGUGUGCACAGAAGCUGGAAUGUUUGCUAUUCGUGCGCGGCGCAAGGUGGCUACAGAGAAGGACUUUUUAGAGGCUAUCAAUAAAGUUAUCAAAGGUUAUGCCAAAUUUAGUGCGACUCCGCGGUACCUAACCCAUAACUGA